CUUAAACACAGAUUUUCGCGGUCAGUCCAAAAUUAAACUUUAUUAAUUCACAGAUACAAGAAAAAUGGACGAAUCUAGGCAAGGUGGCACUGGCCGGUGCCUUGUGAGACGUGAAGUAGGUUCUGCUACAUUAAUGUGACUUGGAUUCUGGAGUAAGAGUAUUUCUUUCAUAUCGGGCUAGAAAUGGAGGAAGAUAACAGUGAGCCAAAUAGCUCGUUAGAGGACGACUAUUACGCUUUCCUUAAUGUUUCUAGAGAUGCUCCUACAGAUGAAAUUACCAAUGCAUAUAGAAGGUUGAGUAGACUUUAUCACCCUGACAAACAUGUUGAUCCAGCAAAUAAAAGGGAAGCAGAGAUAAUAUUUAACAAGACCAAAAAGGCCUAUGAAGUACUCAAAGAUCCACAUAAACGAGCGAUUUACGAUAGUGUAGGCAUAAAGGGUUUGGAGACAGAUGGCUGGGAAAUUAUACAACGUUCCAAAACUCCUCAAGAAAUCAGAGAAGAGUAUGAACGAUUGGCAAGACAGAGAGAGGAACGACGUCUUCAACAAAGGACAAAUCCUAAGGGAAACAUAACCAUCAACAUUAAUGCUACAGACCUGUUUAACAGAUAUGGAUACGACUUGGAUUAUGAUAUGCCAAAUAGCUACCCCGCUAUCGAGGUGUCUGGUAUGGCUAUAAACCAGUCGAUAGAGGCUCCCCUCACAUCAAGGAACACCUCCAGUAUAUCUGGCCACCUAUCGACUCAUAAUGGGACUGGCCAGGGAACAAUUAACUUAACUAAUCGCUACACUCUGUCUGAAAAAUCUUGGGUGGAGCUUGGUGGUGGCGCCGGAGCUGGACCUCUGCUGCUCUUCAAAGCCUUCAGGACUCUGUAUAGAAGAACAUUUGCCCAAAUGGACACCUUUGUUCUGUUCGGAAAUAAUGGCAUACGCACUGGCAUCGAUGCAACGAUGGGCGUAAACCUUGACUCCGGAUCAAUGGGAUACUUAACAUGGAGAACGGGCAGUUCUUCAUCCAUGACUACUUCAUUCGUGAAGGACACUGAGACUUAUAAUACAAAUGUGUCUGUAGUAUUUGGCGUUCCUCAUUCUCACUUAUCCUUUGCAUUCGCUUGGAAGAGAAAAGAGACUAAAAUGAAGAUUAGGACUAGCAUAAAAAUAGGUACCGCUGGGUUGACAAUUGAAUACGGUGCAGAGAAGAAGGUCUCAGAACAAAGUACAGUUGCUGCCGCUAUGGCAGUGGGCGUUCCUACUGGAGUUAUACUCAAAUUAAGGCUGACGCGUGCUUCGCAGACAUUUAUCUUCCCUAUUCAGUUGUGUGAUGAACCACUUCCGAGCCCUGUCUUCUAUGGUACCGUAGUGCCACUUGUCAUUUUUGCUGUUGUAAAAAGAUUUAUCGUUGACCCGAUAGUUAAUGAGCAAGCGCAAGCAGAGAAGAAACGACAGAAGGAUACUUACAAAAGCAGGAUGGCAGAGAAACGUAAAGAAGCAGUUGCAGCUGUUAACCUUAUGUCUGUAGCUUUUGCCAGGAUUCGUUCAGAAGAAGAGUCUCGUCGAGGGCUUGUCAUUAUAUCUGCGUUGUAUGGCAAACUGACCAGUCAGGGUGACCCUGGUGCAGAUUUAUCUGACGAGGUGAUAGAUGUCACCAUACCCAUACAAUGUUUGGUUAAAGACUCUAAGUUGGUUAUCUAUGAAUCUACUAAGAGUCAACUGCCAGGAUUUUAUGAUCCAUGCGUUGGAGAAGACAAGUUCCUCUACAUACAAUAUCUAUUCCAUAAUCAAUUGCACCAGACAACCAUACAGGACAACGAACCUCUCAGGAUACCUCGCCAGUCUCAUCGUGUGGUGGCAACAUGACAUGAAGGGUGACUAGCUAGUUGGUUUAGAGGCUGCUACCUCAAUAGUAGGGCAUUGCUGAGUCCUGCGAUGAGCAGUCGUGCCUACUGCCUCUUUGUUUAAUCUUCAAACUAAACGUUGUUACCUGUAUUCAUUUUUCAUCUUUUUUUUUCCUUUUCUUUUUUUUAAUUUAUUUCUCUUGUUACUUAUUAUUUUUGUAUAGAAAAAUUGAAACCUUUGUUGUAAUAUAUGUAUAUAUUUGACAAACAGCGUUAAAUUUUGCAAUUGCAACAACAAAGAGAAGAAACUGAGGUGCUAAAUGGGUGGAGACCCAGCACAUGUUUCAAGGCUGUUAGCGUAGUAAUAAAUAUAGUUCUAUGUUU